AUGAGAAAUACAACAAAACCUAAAGAUCGUCCUCUGAUUGAGGAAAUUCAGGAAGAGGAUUCCGAGAAGGAUGUUGCUGCCAUAAAGAAGGAAAUGAAAAAGAAUGGAGGAUCGGCCGAGAAAAAGAAUCACUCUCCACAACAACCAAAGAAAUCAGAAUCAGCUGCACUGGAUGAGAGUGUAUUUGAUCCUGAUGAUACAGAGGAAAUGAAGGCCCUCAAAAGAGAUGUCUUAAGAAAGGCUUUCUCUGCAUUUAAAGAGCAAGAAGAAAAAAAACAGGAAAAAAAGAGCUCUUCUUUUAUAUUUUCAAUGUUUCAAUUGGUUUUCAUAGUCUCCUUAUUGAGUUUUUUCAUUUUCAGAACUUUAGUUUUAAAGUCAACACAUUCCAAUAUUGUAACACCUUUCGAGACAAGUGAACUAUUUACUGGAAAUAAUUCUGUAAAAGCAUUCAAUUUACUUCUCGGAAUGGCAUACUCACCACGUCUAACAUUAGCCUAUCUUGCAGUCAUGGAUCGACCAUUGCUGAAAACUGUUUUUGAAAAAUCAGGUGAAACAUUAGGAAAUGGAGAGGGCUCAAUUCAAGACUAUGCUUUGAAAGUGGUAGGAUGCAUAGUUGCUCCAAGACUUUUCAUGGUCAUGCAAGGUGUUAAUAUUCUUGUAGAUCGACAUCACGAUGCCGUCAUGGAUGGAAGCGCUUGGACUUUAUUGUCAACCUACCUGACUGAUUUCAACAAAUUAUACUCCACCAUCACCGAAUCGUUUUGGAAGAAUGAUAAGAAUUUUGAGACAGUUUUCCUCCUUUUUUCAAUUGCAAGUCAAUUGUUAUUCAUAUUGUUUGAUUUUGCAUCUCGCAUCUCCUUCUUGAAGAGAAGUGUCAAGUUUACCAUCAUGCUCAUGCUGUGGGUGGUGAUGAAUACUUACUUUAUUCCACCCAUGAUUUUGGGAUACAUGUUCAAGAUUACAUAUCUCAUUCAACCUGUGCUCACACUGGUCUUGUAUUUUAGUGAAACUCUCGAAAUUCGCUAUGAAAAACAAUUGUUGGAAUCUCAAGAGAAGGAACAACGAGAAGCUUUUAUCCAAAGCGCUAGAGACGCUUUGAAGAAAGCCCAAGAAAGUAAGAAGGAAAAAUAA